AGAGCAAGUCUGGCCAUGUUACCAACACGUUGUUGCCAUUCCAAGCGCGCCGGAUAGCGUGCAUUCUUCCCAGUGUCCGCGUACCCGACGAACGUAGCCGCGGAUCGCGGAUCGAUAGUGCGCGACUGACCGGGCUGUCGAGUCUUGUGCGUCAUGUGCGUGUGUCCAGUGUCGCGAGGUUGAGCCGUGUGUACGUAUCCAGCAGGCACGGACGUCGUGAAGUAAGAGAGACAGACUGCGAGAGAGAGAGAGAGAGAGAGAAAAGGAGAGCAGGCAGCACGCAACGGCGGACAACGGCGCUAGAAUGCAUCCCGGAGCGGCGGCCGCGGCUCGGCGCCGUUGCGAUCGUCAUCGUCGUCAUCGAGUGAUCGUUCACGGGGUUCGCAGGAGCGAGGCCACGUCGGCUUCUCGGCGCAACUCCGUCGGACGCGGAUGAGAAGAGGCUCGUCGCGUCUUCGUGGGCCAGCGGAGGCGCUGCGAACGGCUGCGAACAGUGCGCGAUAUCCCCAGUGCGAGGUACACGACAAGGAAAAGGUGCAAUGGCUGACGACCGAAAUAACCACCGGGGCUUCAUCAGGCAGCCACACGGGGUAAGUAAUGUUCAUCGCCAACAGAUUAAGUCGCCGAUUAGCUGGCCGUCAUUCUCGGUUCCUCGCGACACAGGAUCUCUCUAAAAAAAACGCAGCAGAGAUGAGAAUAUACGCAGACAGGGAACACGACCAGGGCACAUUCCGUCGUUGAAUCGAGCACGUGUUCCAUUGAUCCACUCUGCCGUGGAAGCGCGAAUUUUUAGAUCGCUCUCGAACGGAAUGCGUUUCGUUCUGACACUGAUGAUCGCGCAAUCAUCUUGAGUGGCGGUUCUUAGUCUCGAUAAUUGGCGCGGCCCGAACUAAUUCCGCGAAAGAACCGCGGCGAAAUUCGGUAUUUCCCGUUUUCGAGAACGUUUGGCGACGGCGCGUCAGUUUGCGAGAAGUGUCCCACGUGCUCGGUGUCCGAGAAACAAGCGUGAUUGUCGUCGCGCGUGUGAUUUAUCAUCCGGAUCGCUGACGCAAAGCUGUCGUCGAGACGCAUCGCAGCUGCGGUGGCCCGCAGACGACGAAGUGCUCCGAAAAUUGACGGAUGAAAUCACAUUUCGCGUAAACCGCACGCCAUCCGAUUAUUCGUCGAUUAUCGCGCGCGCGCGCGUUCGCGCUCGUUCGUUCACGGGGAGAUAAAUCAGGACGCGCGGUGGCGUCGAGGAUCUUCCUCCCGCGAAGAUUUUCGGUAAACCAUCUCGUGAGAGUGCUCCGGGAGCGGCAAACCGCACGCGGUGGCAGUUUGCAUAAAUAAGCAGCUUAAAAAUAGUCCACACCGAGUGUUAUGCCCCAGAGAGCAAAUAAACCCGACUUUAAAAUCCUGCAGUAAUUUUAUAUACAAAUUUUCGGCUUUCCUCUGCGUUCCUAUAAAUCCACUGCAACUUGAAAGAAGUCUGCCGAAGCGCGUGCUUUUAUGAAGAGCUCUUUUAUCUCGAGCUGCAACAGCGUAACGCUUGAUUAUCAGAGGAACGUCCGUUUCGUAAGGGACUCCACGGGAAACCGAAACUCUUUCGGAACUCGUCUCGAGAAUUCGACGUUCGACUUCGCAGCCUGGGUUGCAGCGCGCGCGAGUCGGCAUUGUUCCGCCCAUGCGUUUAGCGCGCGGAAUUUUUUCGCAGCGUUUCGCUCGACGCUCGGCGCUUCUCGCAACGUUGACCCAUGGCAUAAUCAUGCACAACACCAUUACGCGCGCUCUCUCGCCACAAUGCUCGCUCAUCGAUUGCUUCUCCGAUUAGUCCACCCACCAUGUAUGCCUGAAUCUGUCUACGAUGACGCAAAUCCGGCCGGCACGUCGGAGAGCAUCGUGCGUACGCGAUCUUAUCGAAUAAAAAAAGCAGACGCCCCGUUCUCUCGUCGAAGAGAGGGAUGCAUUCCGUCUUGAAGAAGCGGCUCGAGGAACGCGCCUAAAAUUAACGGGAAUUAAUCAGACCGGCGCCCGGAGGCCUUCGCGGUGGUAGAAUCGAACAUAAAGAUCUUAUCGAGCAUAAAAAACGCAAAAAUCUUAAAAAACCUGUUUGUGCCAGUCUCAGACGUUUCAUUCAGUCGCUAGAUAUAAACUCGUGAGAUCGUGAGACGUUUGAUGGUUGUACCUUCGCCGACACCCUGUAUAAGCGCAUAUACACGCCUCUCACGAUUAACCUAAUCGUCGUCCCGAGUACCGGAUCAUCAUUGGAUAGAACGAGUGCGUUCUUUACGCGGCAAUUUGCGAGUGUCCUCGCUCGGAAGUCACGAUCCCUGCCAACAGAAAAGAAGAAAAAGAGACGUUACUCAGGCACGCGGCUCGGACUAGAUGUGACCGUCACGCAGCAGUAACUGCUAAUCAGCGCGAUUCUCUUUCCAGUCUACUUCGUGCCGGGCCGAAAUUUCAUUUGAAUUUAAUCGGUACUUUCCUCCCGCUUCUGUUGUUCCUCUUUCCGCCACGAGUUCGCGUUCAGUUGAUUUUUCAUGUAGAAAGUAUAACGCGGUGCAGCUAAAAGGAACACCACUCGCGAGUAAAAAGAACGGCCGACUCGGAGCCGACCGGCUGCGUGCACUCGCGUGCAAAAUAUCGGUGUAGUCUGUCGCAACUGUGCGCGUUCGCGAAAGCGGCAUCGGUCGCUGGCCCUUUCGAUCGAAACGGAGCGAGAAACGUCGAAGGCUGUCGUUCCGCAAUUCACUUCAUUUUAACCGGAGAGCCGUGAUCGUCCGACGCGACCGCGGUGCACUCGAACAGGUAUCGACUCCGUCCUGCGAACCUGUAUCAUCGCCAGAACAAAAAGUACAGUGUAACAGCGCGUGAACGAUCGGAGGGACAAGAAAAUGUACUAUAUAUAAUUCUCUGCUUCGGUUUUUCUCACUGCUCGAUUUCUCAUUCUCGAUCGAGGAAUUUGUUACACUUCGAGAUUAUCUUACUUUCAAAUCGAAAAAAUGAAGGUAUUACGAUGCUCUGGAGAGUUUUUAUUGGUAAUGACUGAAAUAUUUUGAGCUUGAUUGAUAAAUUGUUCGAUCGAGAAACGUUUGCUUCAAAGUUUAUCAUCGUGUUCUGCAGUUGAGGAUUCUUGCAAUAGAUAAUUGAUAUUUUCCAUUAUUGCUUUCGUGUCGCGUAUAUAAUUUGUUUGCUAAUUUUUAUUAUUUUAAUGGAAACCUCGCGUUCGAGGAUUUAAUUAUUUCGCCGCACGUUGCAAGACGGAUAUCGAAUCACGUUUUUCAUCGACAAAACCAAAGGAGCCCCCCCUAACUGCGGUUGAGGAAUUGGACGACCGGUUUAACUUUCGCGUACGAUAAACUUUCGUUUUCGACUGCGAGUGUCGUCUCUCUGUGCUCUCACGUUGUCGCGGAUUCACUUGCUUGGAUUCGAUCGGAUCUUUAUUAAACGUAUCCUCAUACGUGGCACGUAGGUUUUUUCUCAAAUAAAGUAUUUUAGCAGCUUCUGUAGAUCGCGCACUUUGCAUCAAAUUUUAUUUUAAAGGGGAGCAAAGUCAAAAGAUAAAUUCUACAUAUUAUUCUUUCCAUAUUACCUUUGAGAACUAGACUACUCGUAUAAGUAAAAGUGAAGAAAAAUAUAUACUAUAUGUAUAAAUUUAUCGAAUUUUGAGUAUUCCGAAAAAGAACAUCUGUUUUAAGAAAUGAGAGCGCUAUCUGACGGGAGCGAGACGAUACGUCGUGUCGAGAGGUCGACUUGUCAAACGGUAGCGGUGGGUUGGAAUGCGCGUGCCGCGGGCACGGGCUAUCAGCGACGGCGGUUGUUUAGUAGGAGGUGACGAUAAUGAUGACGUCGCGGGAGGGAGUAUAGUGCGCACAUCAUGCUUGCGGAUUCCCAUGGCCGGUUACUGUCGGCAGCAGUUGGCUGCCGCAGCUUGCGGCAGUAUCGGCGUGGCCAUCGUGCCAGUUAUGGCCCGGAAUCACGCUCGUGUGUCGUUGCUCGCUGCGAUUUUUCCGCGUCCGAGCGCUAAAUAAUCGCGCGGCGAUCCGCGACGACCGCCCGACGAGGCGGUCGUUAUCUGACGUUUAACUUGGCAAUGAAGACACCGGCGAUAAUGAUAAUGAUGAUGAUAACGAUGCCGAUCGCGACGACAACGAAGACGACGACGACGACGACGACGGUGAUUUAUUCGUUAGCGCACGCCGCGGUAGAUUGCUCUUUUGAUCCACGAGAAAACUCGUCCGCGGGUUGGAGAACGCCCGUCGUCUUCCGCGACUGUUCCCUAGCGAUGAACUUCACGCUCGAUUAAUCCACAUCGGUAAGACACUCGUCCCCGCCGCCCCCAGCCCCGGGACCAGGUUCGGGAUCCAGUCCAAGUGGCUCGGUUCAGGUAUCCUCCAGGUCUGUGCAAAAGGAGAAUUCCCCGCCUCGCGGUCCUCGAACUCUCCUGCUCAGGCGCGGUGAGAAUGGCUAUGGAUUCACGCUGCGGCAUUUCAUCGUCUAUCCGCCCGAGUCCUGUUGUAUGCUGCCGGGACACGAGCGGACGAAGAUCGAUGAGCCUAUGGACACGAUCUUCGUGAAGCAGGUACGUGCGAAUUCACCGGCGGCCGAGGCGGGAUUGCGCACCGGCGACCGCGUCGUCUCCGUCGACGGAACGCCCACCCGGGGCGAGCAGUACUCCAGUGUGGUGCAACGCAUUCAUCAAGCGGGACCGUGGCUGCGCCUCCUCGUAGUCUCCAAAGAGGACGACAUUUUGCAAAGGUACUUUGGCGAAACGGCGUACAAUCCUGAGACGAAUCAACGACCGCGGUUGCGUUCCCCGGAAAGACUGUCACAGAAGCAACGCAGGUCGAUCAGCAGCAUGAUCCCAGGCCCGUCACCGAGAACACGGCAGUCCUGGGUCUGUUCUCUGCCGUCGUCCGAGAGUCCCAAUCAUCACGACGAGGCGAUCUGUAGGAGCCAGCAGACCGCGUAUGCGGACAGCAGGAUGGCUCCGUCGGCGAUGUCAGCGGACUCGCCGCACUGUCGCGCACAAAUCGCGCAACCGCUUACGGAAUCUCAGAUUGCAGCAUUGCAGCAGCAACGAAGAGGCGUAACGGAAGCGAGUGCCCUGUACGAUUCUUCGGAUGAUCCCAGGAUUUCGGGAAGAAAGCUGCCAUUAUUGCACGAGGAUGUGCAGCCGAGCAGUGCGACGAGCUCGCAGAUCUAUAGCGGCCGCUCGUCCCAGGACUCACGGUACGAUCUGUAUGACAGGACACGUCCCGAAUCAGUAUACUCGCGGCCCAGCAACGAGCAGAUUUACGACAGAAUCAACGAUCCGAUCUACGAGCACGUGCGCGUCAACGAUCAUCAUCCGCAGCAUCAUUACUACCAGCCGUCUCUGCUGCGUUACCCAGUGUCGCAGGCAGAACCGCAGGUACCGAUCUACCGGCCGAUCAAGAGAAUGGUGACACGACGCGCCAGUGAAGGCAGCGGCACUACCAAUGAUUCCGAGUCAACGAGCUACGGCAGCAUCGACGCACUGAGAUCAAACGACUCCAGCAGACUGAGCAUCGAGUCGCACCGGGAUUCAUCGCCCGCCGCCAGCAAAGACAGCGUAUCCCCCUACGACUCCAACUCGACCCUGACCGGCAAUGAGUGCUCCGACGAUUCCGUCAUCAUGAACAGACUGCGCAAGAGCUUCGAGCAGAAAGCGGAGUUCCUGCGUCGGCCGAGUCAUCCUAUCGGCUGGUCCAUCGAGCCGUCGACGUUGUCAAGUUUUAACCAGGCCGCCGUGAUCCAGCGAGAGUUCUACGCGAGACCUCAGAAACUGCAAAGACCGGUCUGGCCGCCUGGCCAAAACGAGCAUCAGCAAAGGCAGCAGUCUCCCACAAGGAGAUCCUCUCAGGAGAGGAAUGUCCCUGCUAAGCCUGCCGCGAGUCUACUGAACAAGCCGUCGAAUCAAAGCGUGCAGAGGAUAAAAGACGUGGAUUCCAAUUCCGAGUAUGCCAAGUCGCGCAACGAUCAACAACUCGGAGACAAUCAGUCCGUCUCUGGAGAUCACUCGUAUUCGCCACUCGUCUACGACAACGAGCUUGCGAAAGAACAAUACCGUAGCGCGAGUAAGAGCAGUUUCGUCAGCACCCUGUCGAGGAUACACGAGAACAUCAGCACGAAUCAGCAGCAGACGCAGGAAACACGGAACGGCUCUUCGUCGCUGCCGUCUUCGCCAGGUCCGGAUAAGAAAGCCGGCGACAUGAAGUUUCCGGUGCCGCCGCAAGGCUUGCAGAUCGUCUCGAGACGCGCCAAACAGUUCGAAUCUGGUCGUUUGCUGAGCGACGAGGAUGAACCUGCUGGUGAUCGGACGAAUCUCUACAAGAGCGAGUUGUCCAGACUGUCGAACAAGAGGAGUGUACCGAACGUGGCUGUGCGAAAACGGGAGUUCGAGUCGAAAGCCGAGAGUCAGGAACCGAGGAGAAUACCGGCUAGAGAAACCAAGUCUCUCGAGACUGGUGCAGUAUUGACAGGCAACAGAAUAAUUCCUAUAGGCAGCAAGUAUAUCCAUUGCGCGCCGCCGAUCGACUAUAAAGAAAGUAAAGAUAUGCCUACCAUGGAGACAGAAUCAGUACGUUUGAGAGCGCGCAGUAACAGUGCCGAAUCCUGGGAAGCUACGAACGGUCCAGCAUCACGCAGUAGCGCCAGGCAUACGUGGCAGACUUCGGAAGAGGACUUCGCGGAGAAGCAUAGCAGCUCCGAGGACAACAGCAACGUCUCUCCGCCAGUCAAUGGUUCCUCGCCCAACGGCUCGACCAAUAAUGCUGUCGUGCUUAGGCGACAGAAGAAUGCACAGAUCAGUGAUGAGGACCGAGCCACCAGGCGAGUUUCGUAUCUAAAGGCGACAUGGGGCGAGCGAAUGCACGUUGAUAGCGAUCUGGAGCUCAGCGAUUCUGAACCUGUUCACAUUCACAGAAGUGCGCAUAGACGAUGGCGACCACCGCUAUUUCCGAGCGACAUAACGCCUCUGCGACGCAUCUUCGAGGACAUGACACAGGCCGCGUCCUUACAUCGAAAUUCUCAUCAUCGCAAUAGCAUCGCUGUGACGCAUAAUACAUCAAACAGCUGCGAUGGAACCGUGAAAGAUAUCGAACCAGUGGAACGGGAGGGAACCCUUCAUGUUAAAUUUACAGUGCUCGACGGCAAGCGAUCUACCGAUCGUUCCUGGAAGCAAGUAUGGGCUGUCCUUCGUGGUCCUAUAAUAUAUUUUUACAAGGAUCGUCAUAGUCAAAGUCCCUCGUUAAGCAUCGAGAACGAAGCAAAUGUAGGACAAAGCGUUGACGUCAGGUGUUCCGUGGUCGAUGUCGCCGAGGACUACACAAAGCGGAAACACGUGUUGCGAGUGGCAAAUCCUACGGCGGAAGUGCUCUUACAAACGGAGGAUGCGGCUUCUAUGGCCCUAUGGUUAAGGUCACUUCAUUCUCACGCCGCCGCAGAAAGAUCAUCGGAUGCCGUGUCAUGUACGUCAAAGCAGCAGGCCGUGCCGCAAACUCCAACGGGCUCAACGACUCCGAAUAGCGGUGUUCUUCCGAGUAAUAACCAAAGAUUAAGCCCGCUGCCGAGCCACAAGGGCAUCAAGAAACUAACAUCGUUUAGAAAUCGAUCGCCCACGGGACAAUCGCCGGUGAACAAGACCCGUAAGCCAAGUCAAGUAGUGGAGCCCCUACCGUCGCCCAAGUCGAAGACUUGGAAAGGACGAGUGGCGAAACAGUUCAGAAGGAUCGGUCAGGCUGGCGGCGCGCCUUCCUCGCCCACGGCGCAACUGCCGCCCGAAGGGGCGACCUUCAAAGUGCCGCUUGAGCUCUGUCCACCAUCCUCGUUCUCCGAGUGUGUGCCGCUGAUCGUUGAGAUGUGCACGAGCAUCGUCGAGGCGCGGGGUCUCGAAGUCGUCGGGAUUUACCGGGUACCCGGGAACACCGCCGCGAUCGCACAGCUCACGGACAGCGUCAACAGGGGAUUCGAGAACAUAAAUCUGCAGGAUCCGAGAUGGAGCGACGUUAACGUGAUAUCGUCCUUGUUGAAGUCGUUCUUCCGCCAACUUCCCGACUCCCUGCUCACGGCGGAGCUAUAUCCCAUGUUUAUUGACGCCGACAAGAUAGAGGACCCACAACGAAGGAUGACCACGAUACGGAAAUUAUUGCGUGAUUUACCGGAGCAUCACUUCGAGACGCUCAAGUAUUUGAUGCAACAUCUAAAAAAGAUAGUGGAACACAGCGAGAUCAACAAGAUGGAGGCGAAGAAUUUAGCCAUCGUUUUCGGGCCAACGCUGGUGCGGGCAAGCGGUUCAAGAGACAAUAUGAUGACCAUGGUCACCGACAUGUCGCAUCAAUGUAGAAUAGUCGAGAGUCUGUUAAAUAAUGUCGAUUGGUUCUUCUCGGAAGACGAUUUAGACGAUUUGAGCAGAUUGAGUGUCAAUUUGAGCCUUCCAAUUGAUAGCUGUGAAGUUGAGCCAACAUCCAAUCACAGUCUUCUGUUAAACAACAUCCAAAAAGUCGAAGGUAUGCGCGAUAUGGCAUCCGCCAGGGAUAUUGUAUCUUCGAUAAUAUCCGCAGCUAAUAAAAAGAUACAAAGAAGACGAAAGAAUCAGGACGAAAUCGAUAACAGUGAACAUGACAACGACAAGGUCAAAUCGAAGCAAGAUUCGGAGAGUUUGCCGGUGAUUCGGCAAAGCAUGGCCUUGAACGAGCGACAGUGUUCCGUCAGCGAAAUUGUGCAGAUGCACGAGAGCAAAACUCAGUCGAAUCACUCAGAUCGUGCCGAACCGCGCUCGUUGUCGCUGGACACUAACACCUCUAAUGGAUCUGCGUCGAAUCGAGCAAAGUAUGCGAGCCAGGUGAUGCACGCGUUGUCCGCGCCGUCAACUGUAGAGCCUCCGAGGUUGUCGAGCGAGGCUAAUCUGAGUUCGGCAGAAACGGGCUCCACGGUGUCGAGCGCGUCGAACCAGACCAAGCAAAGCAACGAUGAGGUAGCGAUUCUGACGUACACUGGCUUGAGCGCGACUACGCAGGAGAGAGUGCGACGGUUCGAGGAAGAGACGAAAGCAAUGCUGCAGAGGGAUCAGCAUCGGCAGAGACUCGAGGCUGAGAAGAGGGAGGAGGAGAGACGAAGGAUCGAGAUAGAAUGGCAAUUGGCGAAACGCGAGAUGGAGAACGACGAUCUGCUCGACAGCAUAGUCGACACGACGGUGUCGUCGACUCUUCUAUCGGAACGCCUAUCAGGACUGAACGAGAGACUUGCCAAUGACACAUCGCUGAUGGACUUGCCCGAAAGGCACAGCAGGUCGCGAUCAACCGCGAGACCACCGUUAUCGAUAGCCGUACAACAACAACCCACGAUGCACCAAAAGGCGCAAGCCACCAGUCAGCUGACCAGCAUACUAGGAGAGAAGAUGAAUAACGGCAUCAUCAAGAAAUUCAAGACGGACAAGGAUCCGUCGAUAGAAUCGAUUUGCUUGCCGCCAGUUCGAUACGGUAGUUUGGAUUCCUUGCACGAGGUCCAUAAUUUUUCACAGUCCUCUCCGUCACCGUCGCAACAACAGCGGGGCGUACCCGGCGAUGUCUCUGAUGAUGCAGGAUCUUGUUUUCUGCAGUGGACACAGAAGAUACUCACUAUUAACAAAAAGCUUUCUAGGCACACAGCAAGCCCGGGUUUUUGGUGGUACAUAUCGUCCCACCUAUACGGUACCGCAGGUCCCGGUAGCACCACCCCGAAGACACCGGCCCAGUCGCCAAUAUCAGUGCCAGUGCCAGUCGCAGCAGUCCCAAUGCCAAUGUCCAUGCACGUGUCCUCAACAGCAACAGCAUCAACAGCCGUCGUCGAGCCUGCGCUGGCAGCUGCUGUCGCGUCUGCAGCAGCUUCCGCAUCAUCGCCGUACCACCCAGGAGACGCACGAACAUCAUCAUCAUCAUCAUCAACAGCGAACAACGAGCCCACCGCCGGGCUCACCGCCGCCAAGACUUUAAACCGAUUCCUCCGAGGUAGUGACCUUCUGACCAGCCUUACGACCACGUUCGAUCGCAAAUGGAGGUCUCUCGUCAGUCAGUCAUCAAGUCAAACACAGCCUCCUCCGGAAUCUACAAUCAGCAAUAAGAACGACAUUACAGAGCAGCAGAAGCAAAAAGCAAACGUCUUUCCGAAAUUCAAAUAUCCAUCUGCGGAAACUUAUCGCGAUCCCAGUCUUCACAAAUCACUCGACAAGAAUCAUCUUUCUCGCUUAAAGGAUGACGCCCCUGAAAAAGACACCGAUUCGACGGUGACCAAUGACGCGCCGCGUGCCUUGGAAACUGUCACGCCGAAUAACGACAAGCAGUCGAGAUUGGAAGCGAAAAGUACCUCAAAUCACACCACGGAGAAGACGGUGGCAGAGAAGAGGCCGGAUUCAAGUGAGAAAGACGAGGAUCAGAAGGAUACGGACGAGGGUGAAGCCUGUCUGCACGCGGGAAACGCGAAACGUUACGAACUGGCGAGCGAGAAGAGUCUUCAGGAGGGCAAAUCAGACAUCAAUGACAUCGAUACGAAACCGGAGGAUAAAGGCAAGGGCCAUCAUUACGAGGGCGGUGAUUCCAGCUACUCCAACAAGCUGAAAAAAUUUGAGAGUUUGACCAGCUCCGAGGUAAGGUCCCGCCUGAAACGCUCGGAGUCCUUGAAUAAAAGGACCUCCGAGAAUACCACCUCGAGGUUAAAGAGAUCAGAGAGCUUGAACAAACACUCGACCGAGCGACUAUCACCGCUCAAGCGUUCGGAGAGUUUAAAUAAACACUCCGGCGACAGAUCGGAGUCACCAGGCAGCAAGCUCAAACGUUCCGAGUCACUGACGAAGACCGAAAAGACUGAGUGCAACAUCAGCAAGCGGCGGCAAUCGGUACGGAAGGAGAGCGCGACCAAACUGAAGCGGAAGAAUGGCAUGUCGGAACGGUCGAUCAAACGUAGACACACGGUCGGUGGCACCAAGGACUUUGACAAGGUGCACUGGCUUGAUAAUAAAUUGCAGUCCGAGGCCGAGAGGAUCAUCAAGAGCGACUACAGGCCGAAGAAGAGUCAACUCAGAACCAGCUCGCCCGAUCUCAGCACCAAUCGAGUGGGUAUGACUGAUGCGAGCUUUCUGAUCGAGGUGAGCUUUCGUGGGCCCAGCAACGUCGUCUUCAACGUGACCAACGCCGCACGGCCGCAAUCGCUGCCGGAUGCGAAUCUCGCGUCCAAGGUGUUCAAGGUGCCGCUCGAGAGUCACGUAUAACACGCGCGUGUAAAUCGCUCCGCUCUAUUCACUUCUAAAUAAUGCACAGCUGUCAUACCUGUCGCCAGUUUUAAUAUCGAUAUCACAUAUAAACCGAGCCAUAUCAAGUUCGCAUUAUCUUGCGUUGGACGAAAAUAAUUGAAUUGCGUCUGAGCAUCUAAGUUUAUACUCGCCGAAAAUGCCGACGUUAUUCGCCACAUCAUUAUUCACCACUCGCCAACGUGCCAAAGAGCUGUCAUCGACCAUCGACAAUGUCGACAAUUUGCUACGAAUCGGCUACAUUGACGGAUUAAUCCAAGGAGGUACAUCCAUCAUCACGUUUUCUUAUCACAGUACCGUUUCGACCAUCGAGCUAGUUUAAUUCGUAAUGUAAUCGCGUAAGAAUAACCAGGGGAUCUUAUUCGGAACGAAUUGGAAAUGAAUUUUCAAAGUGGAAUUGGAAAUUUCUAGAUUAAAAUGUCAGAAAUAUGACUAGACUUCUUCUUAUUAUUUAAAAAAAAAAAAGUAACAAAGACACUCUUUAUCUGAAGGCAGCGGGAAUAAAGCUAAGUUGCACUGAAGAAACGUAAGAAAGUUAUCUAGCGGUUAUAUUACACGUGGUAUUUGCAUUGUGUCAAUUAUAUUAUAUACAUAUAUUAUAUAUAUCAUACUUAUGACUUGUGAUCGUGACAUUUUUUGUACAUAAGAGAUGUAUAUGCGAAUUAAUUCAAUAGAUAUUAAUUAUCUAGAGUGCAAGGGGUGACUAUAUAAAUCUAUAUAUAUAUUAUAUCUGUCUUUAAAUUUAUAUUUUAAUAAUCACUUUACAUCGUCGCGGAUGUUCCGCGUGCGAUAGUGCUCGAUCCUCGUGUACGGAUUGGUAUUGGCUAUGUGAAAAUGCGUUUAUCUUUAAGGCGUGCAACGGAAAGUGAUCGUUAGGAUAAAAGUUACGAGAUUGCGCGUGCAUUUUUUGAGCGUAAGAUUGUGCCGCGAGCACAAGAUCGCCGCGGGCGAUCGGUAUACAUUUGAAAGUUCUUCGAAAGGUAGCGUUAAGGAAUUUUUUAUGUGAGUUCUCCGAUGAAAAGUCUACGAUGUGAUAAAAUCUUUUAAUUGAUCGCGCGUUUUAUCGAUACACACAUAUCGUUGCGUACGUUUGCAGGCGCGCCCGCGUUUGUAAUCGUGCUGCGCGAGCACGUUGCACGUACGCGCGUAUAUACAUACAUACAUUUUUCUAUGUGCAUUGUGAUUGAUAUUACAUUAACGAUCAGUUUAAGACCACACUGUUGCGGCAUUGUAAAUUUUAUGACGAUAGUAAAAGGCAAGGCGAGACGCAAACGGUGCCGUCGAUCACGCGUAUUCGAUGCCUCGCGCAAUGUGAAAUUUCCCCGACCCGGAGCAAAUCACUGGGACAUUACAGUGCGACCAGGAUAGGAUUUUAUCGCUGCCUGGGUCGGGCAGGUUUUCCAUAGGCGUGGCUUGUUACAAAAAAAAACUGAUAACGUUAAGCGGUGCAACACGUAUAUGUAUACUCCUUUUAUCGCUGUAAAAUAGUAUACUUCUUGAGAAUAUCUCAGAGAUACGCUUGGGCCUCUUAUAUGGAUCAUUAGUACUGGAUCAUUAUUAAUCGAAAUAUUUUACAUUUUACGCAGAAUCCUCUGUCUUUGUCUACCCUUGUAAUUUGCGUUUUAGCGAUUAGUGCGUUGCGUUGUCUCGAAUGUCCAAUCGAAGCUAUCGAUCAAAUAUUCCGAGGAACUUCACCAAGCGCCGCGAAACUGGAAAUUAAACAAGGAUACAAUACAUGAGUCGGUGAAAGAACCAUGCGAUAUAUUAAUUGCAAUUAAUUUACCAUUGAUAUGUAGGAGUUACUCUCGGGAUUGGCGCAAUAUAUAAUUCUUCGUUAAAUCUGCGUGUUGAAAAAUUCAUGUACGUAUGUGUAAAUACAUACCGUGCUGUCGAUGCAAGAUUUUUGCGCGUACCGUCGCGCGUUAUUACUAUAUUCCCUUUGCGAGUCCGGAGCGACGCACAGUCGUUUAGGUAAUUUCACAUGUGAACACUAUAGUUGCUGUCGCGCGAAUCGAGGGAUCUGAAGCGUAAAGUAGCAGAGACAAUCGAUUUGACUAUGCUUGUAUAUAGAAAUGUAACUAAAUUCUAAGGAACGACGAUAAAACGAUAUUUAUUUCGAAAUGAAUAUAGUGAUUGUGAUCGUGUUAUUUAUUAUUAACCAAGCAAGAGUAUGUUCACCGCAAAAUUGACAAAAACACUGAACGAUAUUGUAAAUAAUAAAUAUUACUAU